GUCAGGGUGGACAGCGGCAGACAUGUCUGAAUGAAGCGAUGGACUCUAAAGCGGCGGUUGUGCUGAACGCGGUUCCGCCGUACGGACACGUUAUCGCCGGCGAGAAGUGGAGAAAAUCGGCUCUUAUUCAAAGCUUGAAAGGUGGAGGUGUGAAAAUCCUCUUUGAGAACGAGCUCGGCGUGGCGGAUUUCCACCUGCCCAACAAAGGCCGCGUCCUCUACCUGUCCGAGUGCGACAUCGUGGCAGGAGACGGCUACAAGAGGAAGCUGGUUCGCUACCGAAACAGCGGCGCCAGCUUCCUGGACCUGGUCCUGGUGGAGACCGGCAGGCUCAGUGAACAGUACCUGUCCGCGGUGCAGAGGUUCGUGGUGUUCGACCUGGGCCUGGCUCUGCUGCCGGUCGGCGGGCACGCCGAGGCCUCUCAGCUCAUCGCUCAGAUGGUUCAGGGGGAGGGCAGGGACAACCCCUUCAGGAGGAGAACUUCGUCCCAGUUGUUGGACCCGCUGGUCCUGGCUCUGGUCCAGCAGGUCCCCGGGGUUGGCAGGGUCAAAGCUCUAACUCUGCUGCAGCACUUUUCCAACAUCCGGCAGCUCUGCAACGCCGCCCCCGCCGAGCUGGAGCCCAUCGUGGGUCAAGCUGCAGCUCAGCAAAUCCAUAAGUUCUUCUACAGACCCACCGCUGCUGGAUCCUGAAGGCUCAGCUCUGGGUCUGGAUUUAAGCAGCAGGAUUUGGACUGAGUUAUUUCACACUUGGCCCACUUGGACACAACUUUUCAUUGGAAAGCUUGCAGCGCUGCACAGUCUGGCUUCGCAGAGGUUCUACGAGCGUACGAGACGCCUCAGUGUGGUGGAGACCCGACAGACCGGCUGCGAUUUGUUUGAUUCACUUUCCUGUGUAACUUCCU